AUGGGGGAGGGCUGUCUGGAGGAAGUGGCACUUGAAAGGAGGAGGAGUCUUUUUAUCUACAGCAGGGCACCCCUGCACUUGUGGAUGCCUGGAGGCUUGGAGUCCUUGGAGAAGCUGAGGAUCUUCCUGAAGGUGUUAGAAGACUGUGCUGUGGACAUAAACCCAGAGAGUGAGGCCGAUGAGCCAGCCACUGGCAUGGACCCCAGUGCAAGGCGCUUCCUCUGGAACAGCCUCCUGGCUGUGGUGAAGAAGGGCCGCUCCGUGGGGCUUACCUCACACAGCAUGGAGGAGUGUGAGGCACUCUGUACACACCUGGCCAUCAUGGUGAACGGGUGGUUCUGCUGCCUCAGGACCGCACACCUCAAGGGCAGAUUCGGUGCUAGCCACAGGCUGACCCUUCGAGUGCCCACUGGGAGGUCUGAGUCAGUGGCAGCCUUCGUGGCAGCUGCAUUCCCAGGGCACAGGAGUCGCCUGUGCUUCCAGCUGCAGCCAGGAGGGCGCUGCACCCUAGCACAAGUCUUUGGAGAGCUGGCUGCACUCUGGGCAGAGCAUGGCGUGGAGGACUUCUCAGUGAGCCAGGCCACCCUGGAGGAGGUAUUCCUGUACUUCUCUGAGGACCAGGGGAAGGAGGGCAAGGAGGGUCACCAGGAGUCAGGAGUGGGGAUGGAUCCUGGGUUAGGCCCACAGGUCCCCAAACUCAUCACCCAGUUCCUGGAUGACCCCAGCAUGAUGGAGACAGUGCUAUGA